UAUAUAAUCACUCAGCUGAGUCAGACCGAAGUGUGAUAUCUGUCUCACAGACUGCUUUAACAAUUUACUUGCCAUAACACAGACAUCCCAUCCACUCUCAGCAGACCAAACCUAGCAAACGGAAAUCUUGAAUGGAUGUGUUAGCUGAGGAAUGACUUGGUUCACUGUUGGGCCCGAGUUUCAACAUUUUAACAUGUAAGGACCAUCUCUGUAUCAAAUAAUUCAACAAGUAAGAACCUUCUCCCUUGAAUGUACUCUUGUUAAAUGUCAAAGGAAGGGGAAGGAAUUGCCUAUUGUGCCCACAGAAACUUUUUCUGACUUCACUGUAUUCAAAAUUACAUGGGGAACCCUGAAAAAAGCAAAUCUAAUCUGAGCUGUGGGUACAAAAAAAAAGAAAAGUCUGGGGGAUGACCUUUUGAAAAGUGAAAUGUUGCUCACCGUAUCCCACCUAAUACCAGGAAGCUACUAUCUACAUGGUUCCCCUGCAUGUCAUUGUUGAGUUAUGGUCUUCCAAGAUAAAGAGCAGACCCUUUUCUCCAAAAGAAAAAUAAUCUGUGAGCAAGGGAUUGAAAUGCAGACAACAGGCAUACUUUGGUGACAGAAAUAGAAGAAGAGGAAGAACAUGUCUGGGUUGGAAAGAAAGAGAGACCAGUAGACAGACCCAAACAGAGAGAACUGGAUGGUUUCUCAGCCUCCUUCUGCUGGAUUUGCAAUAGAGCACGUUGCAGUUGUGAAAUUUUCUUGGCAAUUGUCCAUUGGAACUCAUCCAGGAGUACUUUGGAGCUGCCUCUCCUGGGAGGUCCUGUAAGAUUUUGAAUACUUUGCAAAGACCAAAGCAAGAGUGCACUUCUUUCGUCAAGUUGCGGCAGGCUGCAGGACAACAUUUGGAGGGAUUACCGCUGAAAGUGGACCUGUGACCGGAAACAGCAGCUUGGGAAGCUGAGUUACUUGUUCCCUUGCCCUCCUCCCAGUUGUGUGUUCUGUUGUACCUCCGAGCUCAUUCACUGUUUGCUAGUAUGGACUGAAAUCUCCCAGUACACGCCUGUCCUGUGACCUUCAACCUGACCGGACGGUCAGAGAGGAGCUCACCUGAUCAGGAAAGAGGAUUUGACCCAAACCUCCACCUUUCUGUUGCAUACUAUCAUCUCUUCCACAGCUGGGGCGCUGUACUUGGGCUAGAGAUAGAGAUGGAGAAGGAACAUGUGUCUGUGAGGAGAGGGAUAAGCUGGAGUCCAGGUGGGGUGAGAAAGCCUCAUCAGGACAUAGAUUCCCCCAGCACAGAGUGCAAUGCAUCUUGGGAGAAGUCUUUCAAGGGACAACCAAGCCUUUCCCCUAACACUAAUCAGAUGGGCCACAGAACAAAUCUGACAAGGAGUGCCAGUUUAUCAGAGAAGGAGCUGAAAGAGGCACGUGUCAGGAGUCAAAUCAUCGCUGCCCAGCUCACCAUCCCUUCCAACUCUAAUUCCAGAGGUGUCCAGCUCUUCAACAGGCGCAAGCAAAGAGUCAACGCCUUUACACUAGAAAGCUCCGGCAAAGGGUCAGAGAAGGACAAAGCAGAUAAUGUUAAAGCCAGCCCAUCUUCUAAUAUACUGACAUGGGCAGAGAGGAGGAGUGAGGAAAAAAAUAGAGAACUGAACUGUAAGAACAGUGCUACCAAAGCACUCUGGUCACCCACUGGAAGUGCAUACAGAGUAGGUGAUAUAAUGGAGGAACCAGGGGAAAGUUUCCAUGAGGCAGAGGAUGUAAAGGACAGUGUCAUCCAUGAGAGACAUUUCCUUCCUGUCAAUGAGAAAGAGGAGUUGGAUGAGGAGGUGAAAAUAAGGGAGGAGGAGGAGGAAAAAGAUGAAGUCCUCAAGGAGCUGGAGGAUAAAGUUGAAGAUGGGUUUACCCCUGAAAGCGAUAAUGGCCAUCCAGUUCGACUAGCACAAGCUCAGGGGAAAGAGAGGAUAAAUGGGGGAUACAUGGAGCCAGGUCCUUCUAGAAAGCUUCUUAAUGGUUGCCACAGUAACUCUGACCCUGACAACAUUUCUGUGUCCACGUCCAAGCAGGCCACCACCAUCAUGAACAGAACCGCCAGACCUUUUCUCUCUCCAACGACAGUGCAGUUUCCUGACGCUAACUGUCCAGUCAUGGACAUCCCUCCUGCUCCUUCUUAUGCCACCCCUUCUCUUCCUGACUUCACAGCUCCCCAUCCUGUAGCGUUCUCACCUCUGCCCCCACCUCCUUCAUACCCCACACCUCCUCUACCAGCUGUCACUAAACAACCCCCACAGACCUACACUAGUCCACCACCUCCAGUGUCUCCUGUCAUGACCCCCACAUCUCCUCUGGCAUCCCAAUUCCAUCCUGCUGCUCCUGCUGUCUCUCAGUAUGUUUCCCCCAACCCAUCCGCACCCCAACAUGGCCAGCACAUGGUUCCCAGGCCCUCCACCUUUGUCCCUCAACCCAUCGGCGAGAGGAAGCCUAUAUCACCGAUUAAAUCAGGAAUACUUGAGGAAGGUGCUGUGAGAAGGGGAACCAGGAAGUCGAUGUUCACAUUCAAAGAAAAGCCAGUGGUAGCACCCAACCCUGAGCUGCUGUCCCUGGUUCAGGGUGCGGACGAGAGGAAGAAACAUCUACACAGACCUGUACCUGAACUGGCAGCUGAAGAAGAGCUUUUGGAACUGGGUGCUGAAGCCUCCAACUUCCUUGCCAAGGAGGAAGAGAGAGCCGAGGAGGCUUCAGCUCCUGAGUGGGCCUCCUGCCUCAAGAGCUCCAGGACUCAAGUAAGAGCUGAGCACAGGCCAGAGCAGACCCUAACAAAUGCAUCAGGAAAGGGGGCUGAGUUAUUUGCAAAGCGCCAAUCUAGGAUGGAGAAAUAUGUGGUGGAUAAUCAAAAUACAGGGCAGAUGAGGUCUCCCUCUCCCACUAUGUCUCUGCCACCAUCUUGGGUGUAUCCAUCAAACAUGCCUGGGAGGGUCAAAGCUAUUGCUAAAAACUCAGACAUGUGUUCUCAACUUUCACAGACCCUUCAGGCCCAACAGUCGAUCAGGAAAAAACCUAGUGAAAAAGCCCCACCACCUGCGCCAGUCCCAGAGGAACCUCCUCUGGAGAAUGGCUGCACCAAGAUCGAAAUGGACCUUUCAAGGCACCAGCCAUACCAGAUAAACUCUUCCCUCUUUAUUCUUAACCCUGUCAAAGAUCCCAUGAGCUCGUUACCCAAAGCAGCACCACCUCCCAAGCCCCUGAUCUCAUCACAAACUUUCCCCAGACAGACCUCCCUACCCAACAUCUCACCCCCUAACUUUAUUUCCCAGACUGGUCAUAGGCCUGCUCAGUGCCUGUCUCCCCAGCUCCCUCUCAGCUCCACAGGAGGAAUGGAUUAUCCUUCAAACCAUGGGACAGCUCGUGGCCCUGGGCAUCCAAGGUUGUCUUCUCCCAUGUCUGCCUUCUCUCCAGGGCGUGUGUCCACCCCAAGGUCGGGGGUCCAGGCACCGAGGCCCACGUUUUCAGCUAAGAAAGCUGGGAUUGAGCCCCAGGCAAAAAAGGAGCCCUCCCCUGCCACAACCCCAAGUCAGACUCCCACACCAACCAGGACACCCAGUUUAAAUCGACGUUACAACAACCCAGAAGGCCCUGCAAUUGGCGUUAGGUCCAGUCCGGCAUCAGACCUCCUCACCAGCCGGCCCUCUUCUGCCAUCACCAGCUCCAGACCUUCUGUCACUUCCCCUGUUUCCUCUCGUUGGGGUUCAAGGUGUCAGUCCCCCAUGGUCAGUCAGAGUAGUCAACCCUCCAUGCUCUCCCCCAUUUCCACUACUAGACUAUCUCAAACAUCUACAGCCACCUCUCCCAUCUCUCCUCCUUGGGGCUCGAGGUGCCAGUCUCCCUCAAUUUCUCAGACCAGUCAGUCCUGCCCUACUGCUAAACCCAUUUACACAUCCACUGCCACUUCUCGUGUGUCCCCAACCAGGGAGAGUCGCUGUAUGUCCCCCAUCGCCAGUAAUUUAGACUCGAAAGCCAACCAUCGCCUUCUGGCAAAGAACAUCAUCAAUGCAGCCAAGCGUAAAAACAGCCCCUCUCCUGGUGCACUGAGCAGUCACAGCCUCCCCAUCUCCCCACUUGGCAGUUCCCACCAUGGCUAUGACUGUGGCAAACCAGCUCUCAGUCCCUUCCAGUCACGGGCUUUGGGGGCACAGUCCCCUACAUUCACCAGCCCUCCUCCCACCCCCACACAGAGGAUCUGCUCCCCAGUAAGGCUCUAUAACACUCGCUCCCUCACUGACUCUGAUGCAUCAGUUGAGUCUGAGGACUCAGGCAUGAGAUCGCCCGGUCUACGCAGCUACAACACCUGUCCUCGUGGCUGGGGUGGCAGCCUGAGGGUGAAGAGGGGCAGCAUCUCCACUGACCUGUAAGGAUGAGCUCAGCCCUUGCAGAGAAGUCAUUGGAAGGCAAAUGAAGGGUGUUUUGGACUUUUUCAACUCAGAGAGUCCUCUGAAGCGUACAACUAACUAUCAAAAGUAAUAAUGGUAUAAUUUGAUCAGACUAACAGUGCUCAGAUUAAUAGAUCACAUGAAAGGAAAUUAAGGGAUAUACUGCUGUAAAAGCCAAAGGUUGCCUGUCUGCAAGUUUGAAUACUGACCCAAUGAAAGACAUCAUUUGAUGCAUCAUUAAGGCAGUGAUUGCAUGUUAGAUGACUUGUACUCACUGUAUUGACUAACUAGGACAUAUAUUCUCCAUAAAUCAGUCGCCAUGCCUAAAAGGCUCUAACACCAAAAAGUGUGAAGGAUGAAAAUGCCAAAGAUGUUUGAAAUCAUUUGAAAAUAGUGUUAAACUUUGACACGCAGUGUCAACAGUGUUAUACACCAGUUAUUAUAUAUAUAAGGUUUGGGUACAUGAAUAAUGAUUAGAUCAUGAAUGACAUGAUGUUUGCUGGUCUGACACAAGUCUAUGCAGGGAGAGAUUACUAAUAACUAUGAUGCAUACGAGGCAUGCAGGGAGUUAGGAUUGUGUAAAUACAUGUUUCUUGCUGGACUGUACUUUAAUCAAGGUAUUCUUUUGAGAGUUGAUAGAGUACUGUAUUAUUAAACGAUAAAAAGAGACUAAACCUUUAUAUAAUGAGUAUGGAUUUUGAAUAGAUUGAGUAAAAUGCAUUUACCUCAACAUUCCAUAACUUUAAGAUUCAAAAGUCUAAAAAGAGCUGCCAUUUUGGUACUGACAAUAUCAUAAAUGGCAAAAAGCAUUCAAUAUUGUUUUUUUUUAUCCUUUUUAAUCAGUAGGAAAGAAAAAAGCUUCUAAUGCAAUACUCUAUUACUGCAGUGCAAUACUCCAUUUAUCACAUUGUAUAUAACUUGUUUUAUGUACUGCAUUUGGUCAAAUGAAUGUAUAACUUUACAGCGAGAUUGUCAGAGAAUGAGAGAAAAAAAAGGAAAGGGUGAACGAGAAGAAUUAUGCAAGGGUUUUAUGGGACAUUAGCGCCUAGAGAAUCAAACACUGUUUCCAUGUUUCAGAGGAAUAGCGACAAUAUUGUUUGGCUGAAAUUCAAAUGUUGUUCAUGAGCAACUUAAUGAACCCAUAAUAUCUGUCAACAAGCGUAUACUAAAAGCAUAUUGAUUGCAGUCUGUGAACAAUUUCUCAGCUUGGUUUAGGUGAAAAAGAUAUUGGAAACAGUGUUUGUUGCAACAUGGCCUUUGAGCAAUCAUACGUUUUCUGUAUUAUUAAUGUCCUGCACAUGCAACAAAUUGUCAAAGAGUGUGGAAAACAAUGCAUCAUUUCAAAAUGCCUGUUUGGACUAGUUAUAGACAAAUGUGUGUUUGCUAGCAAGUAGAAGAGCAGGUUCAACAAGUUGUUCAGCUUUCAUGAGAAAAGGUAAAUGGAAUGUUGUAAGAGGUAAGGGAUUUUAACUAAAAGUUUGUAAAUAAGGUCCGAGAAAGGUUUUAUAGCAACGGCAUAUAUAUCACAUACAUAUCUGACAUCCACAUUUUUCGCAUUUUCCAUUUUUACUUGAUUUGCACUUCUACUCAUUCACUUUCCAUUCAGCAAAGUCGGUAGUCACUUAAACAUGAUUUGCUCAAACAGGGAUUAUUCGCAUUCAAGCGUGUUAAUAAAUGUAUACAUAGUCCCCUGUAAAUCUCAGACACCUAAUUUAACAAAAUGCAAUACAAAUGCAUAUUGACAUCAACGUGGUAGGUAAUUAGCUGCAAUCGCGAUUAGCUGCCUUUAAACCCAGGCUGUUUUUCUUGUAUUUUCAAGUAUGGGGUCAUAGAGAGUCAUUUGCUUCAUUUCCACCUGCCUUAUCACCAGUAAAAACAAGUGAUCGUUCAUUCGUUCCGUGUAUGCCAAAAAGCAUCAGCACAUUUCUAAAUAUUUAUAUACGUCUGCAUCUUUUGAGUGGCAGGGACACCUGCUACAGUGACUUGGCAUCUUUAGCAGGAAUAACCCUAUCGGUGUCAUGGAUUGGAUUCAGCCUGGGUCAAUCUAUGGACAAGUCUAGCCCAGGUUACUAUUCUGAAGAACAGAAAAAGAAUUAGUGUUAGAUUUGUGAUUCGCAAACAGGGUUUUUAGAUGUCAUAUUGAAUGCCUGAAUUGUGACGAACAUCCCGUUCCAGUUUUCUGUUGUCUGACUAUGAGCAUAAAAUAAAAAAAUGUGAUGACA